AUGUACAUCACCCUCUACUACAUAGUCACCCGACUCCCUGACUCCCUUCGCGUAGUCAGGGACCACUUCCUCGCAGUGUGCCCCACCACUCUCACCGUUGACCUCCUCGAGAAGGCCCUCCUAGCGGCGGAGAAGAGCAUAGUCGCUGUAGGAGCCUCUCGUGGUGACCCCCGCACCCCUGUCUUUGAGGGGUGUUCUCCCUCCCCCCUCUUGCCCUCUGUUGCUUCUGCUGCUGCGGCCGACCUCGUAGGUUUUGAGUCGGUCGGUGCUGCGUCUGCCCCUUCGGGGAAGCGCCGCACAGGCAAGGGAAAGGGGGGCAAGGGCGCCAGAGGAGCUAGCGGGGGCGGUGGAGGUGGCGGUGGAGGCGGCGGAGGGAGUGGGGGUGGUGGAGGGAGUGGUGGAGGGGGUGGGGGUACCGGUGGCAGCAGUGGAGGCGGAGGCGGCGGCGGCAACGGAGGGAGCGGAGGCGGCGGUGGUGGCGGAGGCGACGGUGGUGGCGGAGGCGGCGGUGGUGGCGGAGGCGGCGGAGGCGGUGGAGGCGGCGGAGGUGGCGGUGGAGCCGGUCGCGGGUCUACGCAGAGGAGUGGCUCCGGUGGUGGUCCGCGCCAGCAGCAGCAGCGCGGUCGUGAGACCCUGUCCCCUCAGCAUCUCCGUGAGUGGUACACUGCACGCCAGCGGGGUGGGGGUUUUGGUCCGUGCACCUACGUCCUUCGCACCGCCAACCGCGCGGGUGAGCAGUGUGGGGGUGCGCACCCCACCCAGCGCUACUUUGGCCGCCUAACGGACGCGUGGCGUCACCAGUUCCCUGAGGUCACAGAGAUCCCUCGCUGGGGCGAGAUGUCUAGGGCGGGAGUUGCCAUCUAUGAUCUUGAUUUUGAUGCUAUUCUUUCUGCCAUGUAUGCUGUGACUAUUAGUGAUGAGGGUGACUGUUACCAGUGUUUCCCGCCCGAUCCGGGCAUUGAGACUGCUGCUCUAGGUACUGGUAAGGCCGCUGCCCUAGGUGCUUGCGACGCUGCUGCUCAAGGUGCUAGUGCGUCUGCGUCCUCAGGCUUCUCGCUCCUUCUUUCGGGACCGCACCACACUCACGCCGCUUAG